AAAAUACUCAUCUAUUCUUUUGCUUGAGUUACAGUGCUUGAUUUCAACGAGAUAUACCGAGAUAUUCAUAUUCAAACCCCUGGACGGAUUAAAAUGCCUUUCAGAUAUAAUAGUGAAUUCAAGUCUAAAGACCAGCAGAGUAAUGAUAUUGGGUUUCACGUCAAAACUCUAUUUCUCUUCACGAAAAGCGACUUCAAGACCGUUUUCUUCCCGCAGACUAUCUUUGCUCUGGCCAUAGCAUUCGCUAGAUCUCGAGUCACGGAACAUGUCACACAAGAAUGGCCCAUGGACAAGAUAGCCAUCCGAUUAGUUGGGAUGGUGGUUUGGGUAUGGAUACAUUUAUUGGUGGCCGAUAUUUCGAAUCAGCGCCUUCCCGAAUCAAUACUCGAAGAUACGAUCAAUAAGCCAUGGCGACCUUUACCUGCCGCUCGAAUAACUACUACGGAGGCGAUAAAUAUGCUUCGGGUAAUAGUUAUGCUUUCAAUUUGUAUCAGCUUACUCUUUGGAAGUUACCUGCCUAGUAUUACUCUCAUGGGGAUGCUUUGGCUUUAUAAUGAUCUCGAUGGCAAUGGUUCUGGACCAUGGGUACGAAAUGUCCUGAAUGCUGCCGGACUCACUUGUUAUGGUUGGGGUGCCGUAACUAUACUUCUUGGAACUCAGAUUGGGGAGAAUGGGAAAAUUCUUCGCAAUUGGUAUAUUCUCAUGGCUCUAGUUAUCACAACAACAAUCCAUAGCCAAGAUUUCCCGGACCUCGUCGGAGAUAAGGCUCGUGGUCGUAACACGAUGCCGCUAUUAUAUGGGGAGUCUCUUUCUCGUUGGAGUGUGGCAAUUUCCGUUAUAUUUUGGUCAUUAGUUUGCCCAAGAUUCUGGGUUCUCUCUUCUUUUGGUGUCUGCUUUUCUACAAUGAUCGUGGGGGGUACGAUUGCUACGCUCGUUGUGUUACAAUUAGGCCAGCGGUAUGAUAAAUGGGUCUGGAGACUUUGGUGUUUGUGGCUCACUGGCUUAUAUCUCCUUCCUGCAUUCAGUAGUAUCAUAAUUUAAGAUACAAUCCGUAGGUAGCCUGCGAAUCUGCACAGUUG